AUGGUCGGACGCAAAAUCUUGGAUGACAAGCAUGGAGGGAAGAAGCAUUUAUACGCUCUUAACGUGCAAUAUGCCCGGAGUGAGUUUCUUAAACGAGACGAUCAAGUUCUGGCAAUACGGCUCCAGCAGGAAGAACGCCUGAAUGCGCGCAAGAAGGCCGCUGUCGACAUCGACCGGGCACGGGCUCAAGCUGGACAAGAUGGCGAACCCUAUGCUGAGCCUGACCCAGACCUUGAUGAGGAUGUACCCAUGGACGACAUUGCGGGCGACAAUUUCGGCUCGAAAACGAUCGUAAUCCACGUUGGCAGUCAGAACUUACGGCUUGGUCUGGCUACGGAUGCGCUGCCAAAGACUGUCCCUAUGGUCAUUGCUAAGAAGGCGCAGCGCUCAGAAGCAGAUGACAGCGAGCCGAGACCAAAGCGGAUCAAACUCGAUGACCACGCGCCGUCUGAGGAAUGGUUCGGUGACGAGUUCGCCAAAGAGUACAUUGCCAUGGCGCAAGACUUCAAGGUUAGCAGGCGGGCUAACAAGCGCCGAGUGCUGCCCAAUUCGCGUGAGCUUGUCACGAAGUGGAACUCAACAACGCCACCAGAGACCAUACCGGAGCACAGCGAUCCGCUUCGCAUUGACUGGACUGAGUUGCCAGCCAAUGAGAAGGCCGCACCCGACUACAUUGUCGGUGCUGCAGCAUUACGGAUACCGGAGCGGUCACGUCCACGCUAUCACUUGUACUGGCCUGUCCGUCACGGCUGGCUGAACGAAAAAGACUACGCGGGCCGAAACAUGCUGGAACGCGACUUCUUCCUAAUAUUGGAGGACAGUAUCAAGCACGAGCUCGGCCUUACCCAUAGGCGGGAGUGGAGCCAAUACAGCUGCGUCUUCGUCAUCCCGGACCUCUACGAGAAAGUCAUGGUCGGCAUGGUGCUGCAAGAGUUCCUGCGCGACUUUGGCUUUCAGCGCGUCUGCUUCAUCCAGGAGUCACUUGCUGCUACGUUCGGCGCCGGCUUCGGCAUUGCUUGUAUUGUCGACAUAGGCGCGCAGAAGACUAGCAUCUCGUGCGUUGAGGAUGGCAUGAUCAUGGAGGAGUCACGCAUCAACAUGAAGUAUGGUGGCUACGACGUGACCGAGACGUUCGUCAAGAUGAUGCUCUUCGACCGCUUCCACUAUGCGGACUUCAACUUGAUGCGUCGGCAUGACUUUCUGCUGGCCGAGGAACUCAAGGGAGGCUUCACGACAAUGAGCGAUGAGAACAUCAGUGUGCAGAUGUACGAUUUCCACCUUCGAGCGCACGGUCAAAACACCAGAAAAUACACCUUCAAGAUCUACGAUGAGGGCGUGCUGGCGCCAAUGGGCUACUUCCGACCCGCAAUCUUCGAUCAUUCGGACAAACUGAGCGGGCGGCAUCACCUCAUCCCACGCUCAACAGAUCUCUACAAUGGCCACCCGAAUGAUCCCCUGUCGAAAGCGCAAAUGGCCGUCAUCUCUUACGUCAACCAAGCCAUUCCCUCCGCCGUGACAGCACCGUCCGCGCAACCAGUGCGACCGCUAGCCACUCCAGUGGCACCGACACCGACUAAGAAUCGACCGCUCGGCAUCCCAUCCCACCUCAACGGCGACAACGACCCAACACCACGCUCUUCACCCGCUGCAUCACCUCCUCCAGACGACGGCGGCACGCCACACCCCACCGGCGACGACCUCAACGGCGACGAGAUCGGCGAACUCAAAGGAGCGCAGCCAGACACCGAGAUCAUCGACCGCACUGUCCCAGUCAUGCCGCUCGAGCAAGCCAUCUUAACCUCAAUCCACCACGCUAGCGGCAUGGACGAGCGCAAGAGACGUGAUCUACUCGGCAGUAUCAUGCUCAUCGGCGGAGCGUCGAAGACGCCUUAUUUGGGUCAGUAUUUGGAGAUGAAGCUGCGUGCUGCACUUCCGCAAUACCCAAAGGAGAUCCUUGUGGCGCCACCACCACGGGAGCUGGAUCCGGCGGUGCUCGUGUGGAAAGGCGGGAGUGUGUUUGGGAAGCUGAGGAUGACGAAUGAUAGCUGGAUUAGCCCGUUGGAGUAUGAUCGGCUGGGUAGCCGGAUAUUGCACUAUAAGUGCAUAUGGCAUUGGUAG